AUGACUAUAACUAAAAUACCUAUUUGGUUGGAUUGUGAUCCAGGCCACGAUGAUGCAGUCGCACUUCUAUUGGGUUGUUUCCAUCCUGCUUUUAAGAUUUAUGGCAUAAGUGCAUGUUAUGGUAACUCAUCUCCUGAGCAUACGCAUUACAAUGCAAGAUCUUUAUUGACUGCAUUUGGAAAAGCCAACGAUAUUCCUGUUUAUUUGGGGGCUCAAAAACCUUGGGUCAGGAAACCUAUAUAUGCCCCUGAUAUCCAUGGGGAUACUGGUUUGGACGGUACAGACUUAUUGCCAAAACCUGUGGGUGAAAUAAAUGAAAAAUCGUAUAUUGAAGCUGUGGAAGAAGCUGUGGAAGACGCAGAUGGUGAGAUUACUUUCAUUUCUACAGGGGCUUUAACCUCGAUAGCAACUAUAUUGAGAGAAAGACAACAUUUGAAAAGUAAAAUAAAAUAUAUUUCUAUUAUGGGGGGUGGAUUUUCUGUAGGUAACAUUAACAACAAUAAAAGUGCUGAAUUCAAUAUCUGGGUAGAUCCACAUGCUGCAAAUUUCCUAUUUUCAGACAGAGAGAUUAAAGAUAAAUGUGUUUUAACCCCAUUAGAUCUUACUCAUAAGGCAAUUGCAACAAACACUGUUAUGGAGACUAUUUUGGGUAGUAAUCCUUCGAAUUUAAGAAGAAUGUAUUACGAAUUAUUCCAGUUUUUUAGCAAUAGCUAUAAAAAUGCACAAGGUUUUGAAAAGGGACCUCCGGUACACGAUCCUAUAACUUUAAUUCCUUUAUUAGAACUGUAUGGAUUGGAGUCACCAUCGAACAUUAAAUAUUCUUAUAAGAGGUACGACCUUGACGUGAUAUAUGAUGAAAAGAGUGAUGAUUUAGGUAAACUAAUUAUCUCACAUGAAUACCCAGACUGUGGUUGUACUGGGGUCAUGGUAGGAUUUGAUUUAAAUAUUGAAUACUUUUGGGAACAAAUAUAUUUCGUUUUGAAUGAAGCUGAAAAAUCCUCUACAAUUGAACUGAUUGACUCAGGAAAAUUGUCCACCUCAAAAAUUGAUGAAUUAAAAAAUAAUUGA